AUGUCACCACAGCAGUUCGACUUCCUCGAAAGCCUUGUCCGACCACUUAUUCAAGUUCAAGAGACGCCACUGCGAGAAUCUCUGUCAUCAGCUGAGCGUCUGGCUAUUACGCUGAGAUACCUGGCCAGCGGGAACAGCUACCAGUCGUUGUCCUACAGUUUCAGGGUCGGAAAGUCUACGUUGUCAGGCCUGGUGCCCAAAGUCUGUAAAGCGAUAUGGAAAGUCCUGCAGCCAAGAGUGUUUCCAGUACUCACCCGCGAGCACUUCGUUGCCGUUGCUGAAGAGUUUUCGCGACGAUGGAACUUUCCAAACUGCGUCGGCGCUAUAGACGGAAAGCACAUUCAUCUCAAUGCACCACCGAACUCUGGAAGCUUGUACUUUAACUACAAGCAAGGUUUCAGUGUGAACUUGGUGGCCUCAUGUGACGCGGGCUACAAACUUACUUCAGUCUACAUUGGGUGCUACGGGCGCGAGAGCGACGGGGGUGUUUUUGCAAAAUCAAAUUUGGGUAAGCUUGUCGACAAUGCGGGCAACUUCCCUGCUCCAGCAGAUCUUCCAUUUGGUGGUCCAGAGCUUCCAUAUGUAUUUGUUGCCGACGACGCGUUUCCCCUCAAGCCAAACUUAAUGAAGCCGUACGCUGGCAUGCAUGCAGCAGGCACACCAAAAUGA